AUGACAACCAUUGAUGCAAAACCCAAGGAAGAAGAAGACCAUAAAAUAUGGUUCAGAACCCGAAAGCCCGAGUACGACCCAGACCAAAAGACGACCACCCUGCACUUCUAUUUCCAUGACACCCUGAGUGGGUCGAACCGGAGCGCGGUGCGGGUGGUUCCAUCGCCCCUCGGCAACCAAAUCCUUCCUCUAUUCGGGGCCAUAACCAUGGUAGACAACCCGUUGACAACGGAGCCCAACGCAUCUUCCAACCUCGUGGGCCGGGCCCAAGGCCUCUAUGCCUCAGCUGGGUUGAGCGUGCCGGCCCUGCUCAUGGUCAUGAACCUCUACUUCCCUGAUGAGCCCUACAACGGGAGUACCUUGGCCCUUCUAGGUCGAAACGCCGUGCUCGACCAAUAUCGCGAGAUGCCCAUCGUCGGCGGGAGCGGCGUUUUUAGGUACGCGCAAGGACUCGCCAUUGCCAAAACAUAUUCCAUCAAUGUUACGACAGGGGAUGCCAUCGUAGAGUACAAUGUAACAGUGUCUCAUUGA